CUUUCACUUUCCGGUUGUGUUGUUAUUGCUAUUUUGUAUCACUUGUAUUGUUUAGUCAGAAUAAAAAUUAAUAGCCCUAUAUUUAUAGUGUACUAGCUUAUUUUUGGGCAAUUAAACAUUAUAUCCUCAAAGAAUUUGUUUCAGAAGCUGUUUAACUUACUACUGCCGUUGGUAAUGCCUUAGAUCAUGUUUGAAUUAUGUUAUUGUCAAUUUAAUCAUUCGGUACCAAUUCAUUCAAUAUUUGUCAAUUUUGUCUUGUUUGACGUUGUCAGUCAUUUUUGUAAGAUUUUCAUACUUGGCCCAACUCAGCCUGACCUCUUCUUAAUUUCUCUUAUUUAGCCUCAAUUAAGUGGGCUCAAAAUAUGUGAUAAUGUUUAUGUAACCAAGGCCUAUUCUUUAAAUAAUUUUAUGGGUCAAAUAAUUUUUAAUUAACAAAGCAUGUCAGUGAUACCACCAUUUUGUUUCUAUGCUAAACUAAAUAAAGUUUUUUAGUAUUUGGUUUUAGGCUUAAGACUUUAGGAUAAUAAAUGAAAGCCUGCAUUCAAGCUAUGUGAAGGAAAUAGGGGAACAAGGUACGUGGAAGGUUGAAUUAUAAAGACAGGAAAAUAAAAGGAGAAUGUUUCAGCUAAGAGUCUUCUUCAGCUAACAGAACAAAAGAAGAAAGAAUAAGAAACCAAAAACUUAAGUGUUGUAGUUCACCAUGUAUAGUAAUAGUAUGUUAUUUUGGUAAAAGUGCAGUUCAGGUGCGUAUAUUAUUUCUGUUUGAAUCUCUUAUUUUCUUGUGUAAACUUAUGUUAAUUCUUUAUAAAAAGUAUUUUAAAAGUUAUAUACCAUCUUUUUAUUGGAAUACAACAACAAUUUAACAAAUUUUACGAGAUAAAAAAAGUACAUUUUUAUGAAUCUUUCGUGUUUUACGGAGCCAUUGUGGUAAAUCAAGGAUAACUCUUCUGUCUUUAAAGAUACUUUAUAAAAGUUGCCCAAUUGGAUGAAUCUUGUUAAAAUAAAUGAUGUAUUUAUUUUAUAACUUUACUAUCAACUAUAACCGGAGUUGCCUGGGGCUGCAUUCAGAAAAAAACAUCUGCUCCGUCCUUUUAGUUCACAUUGCUAUUAAACGAAAUGUCAACAACAAAACAACAACACUAUAGUAAAAAUAAUAAUAAUUAAUUUGUCUCCUAUUAAAAACAAUUAAAAUAACUUAUGUAAACCUUUCGUUUUUCCCGUUUUCCGAUGGCACCCGGAAGGAUCAUGAUGGGAUCCCGAACCCGAUGUGAUUCCGAUAGAAUCCUGGUCAUGGUGGGAUCCCGAUCCCGGUAAGAUACCGAUCCCGGUGAGAUCCGUUUUCGGUGGUAUCCCAAACUAAAUGAGAUCCCAAUCCGGUGGGAUCCCGAUUCGGUGAGAUUCCGAUCCCGAUAGGAUUUUGAUCCUAGUGAGAUUCUGAUCCCGGUGGGAUCCCGAUCCAGUGGGUUACCGAUCCUGGCGGGAUACCGGUUACGGUGAGAUCCUGUUUUGGGUGAUAUGCAGAUCCCGGUAAUUAUGGGGAGCUCACACACUUGACAUACGAACCCAGCUUACAAGCCACAUUGCAAUUGUUACGAGCGCCUUAGGAGAAAUUCCAGUUGUUUUAACAUUAUUUGUUGCCCCACAAGGUGCGCGUUUAAACCAAAUGCUGCACCAUUAAAAAUGCCAGUUGCAUCAACAAUUUUAGUUAUUGUUUCUUGGUCGUCCUGCAAUUUUAAACAAAAUGAUCCUACAACCAGCAAUACCGCAAAGCCAAAACGAGUCCUUCUUAUAAUAUAAAAAAAAUUAUCACUAGCCCUCGCUUUACUCAGCGCAAAUCAGUCACCAGUAAUAAGCGCAUUUGCAUACGAAAAAAGAGGAGGGGUGAUCAAAUUAGAACUGACCAAUCACGGACAGCGUAUUAGCAGCCUUCAGGGUGAUAAGCUUCACGUCAGGUCCUGGACAAUGAUGACGUGUGUGUCCACUGCUUAGUCAGUGAUCCACUUCUAAUCUCCUCCCCCCCCACGACUCGACUUCAAAGGACAACCCCUAUAUUCCGAGCUCUAUGAGAGGGGGAAAAAAGAAAGUUGGGGGGGCGCUUGUGCGUGAUGAAGAAUCUAGUAUUUCAUUCUUUUUUGUGAACAUGCUUAGUUUGAAAAUUUCGUUUAGCAUUACUAACUUAUAGGUGGCUAAAAAUAUGGCAUAGCGUAAAAAGAAAAAUACAAACAAAUGGGGGCCCUGUCACUUUGGUUGGGGGAUGUUUAAAGACUCUUAAGAAGUAAAAGAAAAGAUGCGAUUUAUAAUUCAGAAUUAGUUAACUAUAACUGCCUGGAUUUAAUUAUUAAAGAAUACACGUAAGGUUACAUGAUAAAAAAAAAUAAAAAUACGAAAUGCGCUAAGAAAUAAUAUACGCACCUGAACUGCACUUUUACCGUUAUUUUAUUGCCAGAACUUCAACAUACCUUGUUCCACUAUUUGCUUAAGUCUUAAGCAGAGAAAGAACAUUAGAUAAACACAGAUGAAGACUUCUGAGAAGAAGUCUCUGACUAAGAUGUACUUAGCGGUAAUGUCAAUGUUUUCUGCAGUAUAUACUAUAGGCUAUAGGAGGUCAUGGAGUUUCCCCAGGUCAACUACCAGUCAUUGUCUGUAUUCAAAAGAGUCCAAUUUUUACUCUGCUCUAUAUUUAUUUGAUUAGGGAUAAAGUGGGUUUUUUUUCAAUGAAAAGUGGAGUUUUACCUCCUCUGAAAGUAAUGUUGAAAUGUCCCAUAAAAUGGUGACAUGACAGAAAUGAAUAGCAUACAGGUACUUAUGUUUUCAACCAAUGAAAAGACAGCACUUGGGGUGUCAGCAAGGAUGAGUGUCUUCUUAUUUUAUUUCUUUGAACAUUAUAAGUUGAAUUUUACUAAAAAAAAAGAUAAAGAAAUUUUCAUUUUAAUAUUUUUCAUAUUAAAUGUAUUGAUUGUCAGAUUUUGUUUAUGAUGCUAAUCAUGCUCAGUGAAGAAUGGGAAAGUUAUCAUACAAAUUAUUCAGGUGCAACUAUUGGUCUAUUCCAAUGUUGAGAUUCCUCAAAGUGAUGUCCCUGUGGUUUUGGUGAGACAACUCUUUGCAAAACCCUUACCAUUAAGAACACAUUUACUAAAGACUCCAAAGGAACUAGUUUUUGUUUCGAUCACUUGGUCAUUAUUAUAUUAAAACACAAGUUUUUUAAAUUCAUUUUAUUAAUAUUUCAUAUAUUUAUCACAGAAGAUAGUUUAAAAGAGACAAAAUUAUGCAAAGUAAAGACAUCAUGGUCCAAUCACAAGACACAAAGAGUUGAAUCCUGAAAUUUUCACUACGACUACCAUUACCAACAUUAUAAAGUGUGAUUUGUCAUAAAUAGAUGAAGUGGAGCCCAUUGGUUGGUUAUUACUUAUUAAACAGUGUGUUUUUCUGGGUUUGGCUAUUGAGAUCAAGAUCAGGAAUUAAGAAAGUGUUGUUUUUUGUUUUUGUUGUAAAAAAGAACAUAUUUUAGAAAGUAGUCUGUGGGAAUCAGAAGGUGAACUAAAGUUUGGAUGGGAAUGAGUGUCCAAAACUUUUUCUAGGCAUCUAUUUUAAGGAAAAAUGUGUGCUUAGCAGUGUGGUGUGCACAUCUUCCUUUACAUAUUUUGUGAUUUACCUUAAUUUUCUUUUCCUCCGAAUUCUGUUCAGCAAUCACAACUUAAAAUUAGUAAAAUGAGUGUAGUAGAGAGGGAGCCAUUUUUAGGGCAUAUGGUAAGAAAUUGUCUUAAGAUUUGCAUUGACAUGAUUAAAAGUGGGCAUUGUUGGCCCAGCUUUGGUCUUGAACAUACCCAACUUUAUGAGCUUUCAUUUAAUUAUGUUUUUUAAUACCUUUACACUGUUAAGACAUAAAUAUAAGAAAUUAUAAUUGUUCAUUGCAUAUGGGGAAGGUGUUUUAAUUGUAGAUUAAUUAUAUAAAGUUGGAUAUGGUCUGUUUAGUUGUAGUUCACAGACCUUUGUUUCCACUUGGAGAAUCCGAUCACAUAAUGGUCCGCCUAACGCCAUGCUAUAAGCCAGUUUUAAAAACAACAAAAAUUCAAUAAAAAACUAUUGAACUGUGGUCAGAUGAGGCGACAGAAAAACUUCAAGCCUGCUUUGAAUGUACAGACUGGGACAUGUUUAUCAACUCUUGCCCGGACAUUGACGAGCUCACAAACACCAUCAAUUCCUACAUUAAGUUCUGUGUAGACGAAAUUAUUCCCCAAAAAACCAUCCAAGUAUUCAACAACAACAAACCCUGGAUGAACAGAGAAAUAAAGGAGGCCAUCCACCACAAGAAGAACAUGUUUAAGAUUAACGAUCAGGAAUUCAUCAAAGCUAAAAAAAUUAUUGAAGGAAAAAAUAUAUCAGGGUAAAAAACAAUACAAGCAUAAAAUCGAAAAAUUAUUCACUACUAACAAUUCAAAGGCUUGUUGGGCAGGACUAAAGCAAAUAACAGGAUAUACUCCUAAGCGAGAAUGCUUGUGUGUUGAGGAUGUGAGGAAUUUUGUUUACGACUUAAAUGACUUUUAUUGUCGUUUUGACAGCCUAGACUUUGGAAAAGUGCACAAUGAGAUGAUGAAUUCAUUUCAAGAUGGCAGUAGUACACAGGAUGGUACUUUAUUGUUCACCGAACAGAGAGUGAUGAUGAGAGAUUAUUUAAGCAAGUGAACGCAGCUAAAGCCUCGGGACCAGAUAAAUUAAGUGGUCGGCUCAUUAAACUAUGUUCAGAGCAGCUCUCCUACAUUUUUUGUUACAUAUUUAAUAAAUAUUAUGUAACUCACAUAAUACCAGCAAUUUGGAAAACUUCAGAAAUCAUAUCAAUUCCAAAGAAAAAUAAGGUAACGUGCAACAACGACUUACGACCUGUUGCACUUACCUCUAUUGUCAUGAAAUGUUUUGAGAAAAUAAUUCUGAAAGAAAUUUUGAAUGAAGUACACCAAAAACUUGACCCCCACCAAUUUGCUUAUAAGCCUGCCAGAAGUAUGGAGGACGCAAUCUUACUAUUGUUGGAGAGACUUUGCCAUCACCUAGAAGUCCUAAAACAUAUGCCAGAGUGCUUUUCUUAGACUUCUCAUCAGCAUUUAACACUAUCCAACCACACCUUAUGAUAAAGAAACUUUCCUCAUUAGGUGUCAAUUUAAAUAUUCAGGCUUGGCUACUGAAUUUUUUAACAAAUCGACCACAAUAUGUCAAAGUAAAUAACCAAUUAUCUCUAACCAGAGAAAUAAGCACCUGGGCACCACAAGGCUGCGUUCUCUCUCAUGUACUGUAUGCCAUAUAUACAAAUGAUAUUCAAAGCUCAAGCGACACCGUUCCAAUCUUAAAAUUUGCUGAUGAUACCACCAGUGUUGGUUUAAUAUCUGAAGGAGAAGGCUUAUACCGCAACUUGGUUACGAGCUUUAUCAAUUGGUGCGAUGAAAAUUUUCUCCAGUUGAAUGUCUCAAAAACUAAAGAAAUGGUUGUUGAUUUCAGGAGGGGGAAACACCAGAUUACAGAUAUCAACAUAAAAAAUUAAAAUGUGGAGAAAGUGGAGGCAUACAAGAACUUAGGUAUCACCAUUAAUAAUAAGCUAACAUGGCAUGAGCACGGCCAAAUGCUGUAUUAGAAAUUCAACCAAAGACUGUUUUACCUCAAAAAACUGUACUAUUUUGGUGUAAACAAGCAAGUCGUUAACUUAUUCCACAGUGCAACUAUUGGAAGCCUGCUUGAUUUCAAUAUUACCUGCUGGUGCGGGAAUUCAACGUCUGAUAUUAAACACCGCAUAUAUAUACCGACUAAUCAAGAAAGCUAGGAACAUAACACAAACUAAACAUCCUUUACUUGAAGAAAUAUUUGAAGAAAAUGUUUUUGCAAAACUAAACACAUUUUAGAUGAUACAUCCCACCCUCUUCAUCACAGAUACUUAGGAUCGGGCUGUUCUGGACGAAUUCUUUCCAUCAGGGCGAGGACUGACAGAUAUAAAAAUUCUUUUGUUCCCCAAUUUGCACAAAUUUACCGGCAUGCUUCCUCUGAAGUCACACAUCUGAAUGACAACUAAUAAGUCCCCGAUUUUGCUAAGAGAACUCACUGAAUGGCUGUUUGAAAUAAUUUAUUAUAAGUGUCUUGUGUUCAAAUUGUUUUAUUUUUGAGCUGAAAAUGUAUAAUGCAAUCAAAAAACAUUUCCAUUUAUUUGGAUCAAUAAAAAAAUCUUCUUCUUCUUCUUCUAUAUCUUAAGGGCCCACGAUCAAUUUAUUGAUCAUUUUGGCUCCUAUGCAUGUAGAUGGGAUUUGCAAUGUUAUCUUAUCUUCUCUUAUCUAGAUAUUUAGGUGCAUGUUAAUCUAGUCCUGUGCCUAAUUACCCACAAACCUAAAACUAUUUUCAUUGAUUAAAUAUUUUAGAGUUCAUCUAAUCAAAACUCUUAACUCUCUAUGAACCAAAAAUAACUCCUCUAUUUGUAGGGACAAAAUGUUUUAAUAAUUUCAAAGAGGACAUAUUCUGAAUACCUUCAUCAAAAGGUCAUGGGGCAUUGCUAUUACGGAUGCCUUUAGAAGUGAAGUGAACUGAUACAAUCUUAGGCCACUUUUUUUUUUUUAAUGUUUCAAUGUCUCUAUUCAUACAUCAUAAUCUGUGGUUGGUCUGACUUAAGUUGACCCUAUAAAAUAAACAUGUAUUAUUCAGAUUUUUACCCUUGGGCUUGGUUAAUAAUGUUCAUUUGUGCUUAUUCUGAACUUAUCAGCUAUCUAGUUUUCCUGUACCUAUAAAUUUGUCACUACAAGGCCAAAAUUAACUAAAUCACUAGUCACCACAACUAUGAGAAAAGCUCAUUAACAUUUUUUUUACUCUUAUCUAAUCAUGGCAUUUAUUGUUAGUCAUCCCAUCUUUAUUAUAAAAGUUGCAUGCUUCUCUGAAUCAUUUGAAAAAAUGCAAAGUUUUUUUUUAAUGUUGACUACCAAAUUUAUGAUUCCUAUUUAGUCCUUUUAACAUUUUAGGACAUUUAAUUAAGGUUUAAUAAAAGAUUUUAUGCAUACUCCGAUGUCAAAAGCAAGGGGGAUAAAAAGAUUUGGUUGCAUAGGCAUUAGUAUAUAUCAUUAACUGGUGAUGAAAACAUUUUGAAACCCUUCAUGAACCCUUAUUUUUAAGUAGCAGUUUUUCAACUUAAUUUCUAGCAUUAUGCAUGAUAAUAUACAGUACAUAUUUUUGUGUUUCCCCAGACUUUCUCUCAAAUACUGUUAUAUUAAAAAAAUGUACCCCUCCUUGUUAUGUCACUUUCCUCUAUUAUUUUAACAACCAAAUUAUUUUCAAGGGCAUGCACAAUAGGAAAGAUAUAAUAACACAAUAACUUUCCUUUGUUCUAGCUCACUUCACCUCUCCUGUUAGGGCAAUAAGAAAAUAAAUAUAUCAACAAUAGAUUAUGCUAAUUAAACCUUCUAAUUUCUUUUAAACAGGUAUUAUUUGCUUAUUGAAGAUAUUAACCAAACAGAUAAAGGUCAAAAUGAAUGUAGGUGUUGCACACAGUGACAGUAACCCAACACACUCCUACUUCAACAGCAAAGGAAUAUGGCUCACAUACAUACUUUUGGUGUUUGGUGUACACCUGUUGCUGCUGUCUGUUCCAUUUUUUUCUGUAGCAGUUGCCUGGACUCUAACUAACGUUCUUCAUGAUGUGGUGAGCUUUCUAUAUGUAUUGAGGGUUUAUUGCAAGUGAAUGUCUUGUUUAAGAGAUUUUUCUUUUGCGGUUUAUUUUUGUUUAUGAAAAAAAUACACAUUUUUAUUAGUCUUAGAACAUUAAGUCUGUAGCAUUUACCUUCGGUUCAUUUUUAAUUCAUUUGUUAACACUCCCAUUCAUUCAUUAAUUGACAUAAAGAGCUCACAUUUUUCACGUUUAAUUCUUCAUUUAGGUGAAAUCUUUUUAGCAUGGAUUUUGUUGGCAUUUUAAUUUCAAAUAGACUUUUUAAAUUAAAUGGUCAUGGUAAAAACCCUUGAUUUGAAAACUGUUGACCGGUUGAUGCGUAUGGUCUUGAAAGUAACCUACCAUAGAAAAAAAAGUAUACAUCAUUGUCAGACUGUUGGUUAGUCAAAAUGAAGAUUUUGAGAAUUAAAAAAAAAAAAAAUCAAAAUCAGAAGUAAAUCAUGCAUCAUAUGCUUAGCAUAUUUACAAUUGCAACUCAUUUACAAUAUAUAAAAUCACAAUUCGAAAUGAGCAACAAAAAAAGUGUAGAUUUCUGGUGAGUAAUAAGAUUUCACUUACAAACAUAACUAGAGCUUUCAUUCAAAGUCUGUUAAACUCAUUUGAGAUGUAAUAUUUUUCAAAUCAUCAAUUCUUAGCUUCAGGCACAUCUUGCUAUUCCUGGAUUACUAGUAAACACAUUUAUUUACUUCUCAGAUCAUUUCCAUUUGAAUUCAAAUUUCAGCUAAAUCAAUACAUUGAAUACAAAAGCAAACUAUCCUGUGGUUAAAAAAUGUGGUCUACAACUGUUUAGCCAAUAUAAAGCUUAGACUAUAGACUGCAGAUUUUUGUGACCAUAUAAAUAAUAUGUUGCUUUUUGUCAUAAACUUAUUAAUAAAUUUUACACCCCCAAAAUGCUAAAAUGUAAUCUUGAACAAAAAUACUUACAAAAAAUUCAAUGAACUAUUUAUUUGUUAACCAUAUUUAUGUGAUUUCCUUACAGUGUAUGUUUGUGAUGCUUCAUGUGACAAAAGGCACACCCUGGGAGACAUCUGACCAAGGUACAUCUCGUACUGAAACACAGUGGGAACAGAUUGAUUAUGGCAAACAAUUCACAGCCACUAAAAAGUUUCUCACAACAGUGCCUGUUGUUUUGUAAGUACAUAGCUUCUAAAUAUGAGUAAAAACUAAAAAAGAUAAAUCAUUCCAUUCAUGUAAUUUUGACCAACAACAUAAAAAUGCCCCAAAUACCUCUAAACUCACAAGUUGAUAAUGAAUGAAUUUUUAAAAUAUAUAUUUUUAUCCAUGCAGGUUUUUCUUGGCAAGUUUCUACUCCCGCUAUGACAAGUACCAUUUUGUUGUCAAUGCUGGUGUUUUGGCCCUCAACUUGAUUCCAAAGUUACCUCAAUUUCAUAAAGUCAGACUCUUCGGUAUUAACAAAUACUAAAGGGCUGUGCCAUCACUUACAUGAUUUGAAUUUUGUAAAAAAAUUCCUGUUGAAAAAAAUUAAUAAAACCAUCACAAAUACUUCUGUAUUUAACUUACAUUAUUUCUAGUUGUUUUGCAGAUGGAAGUAGAUUGUUGUUUUUUUAAAAAUUGAUACCAUGACCUUGAGGUCAUAACAAAAUAUUAAGAAAAUUAAAUAGAAUAAUAAAACCUAAAAUUUGAAGAAGAAAACAUGAUAUUCACAGUGUUAUUGAUUUAAAUUGUACUUUAUUAUUUUUUACAUUUAAUUUCAAUUACUGUUUUUAAAAUGUAUUUUUCCUGCAGGUAUCACAGUAAUGAAACAUGCAUGUAGAAUUGUUCAAACUAUGGUGCCGAUAGUUGAAUUUCCUAUAUUCAAUCAUUUUGAAUCCUGUGAAUGUUUACAUUCCAUCUGUAAAUCAUUUUAUUCAAAGUUAGCUAUUGCAAUAAUUGUUUUAAAUCACAUAUUUAUAACAGACAAAAAAUUUAGUCUUUUGGUAUGAGUUGAUUAAAUGUUAUUAACAUACUUUUUUUGAAGCUACAUACAAUAAAAUAUUAUAUUCUUAUGGUACGGUUUUUAACAUUGGUAUAAUUUUAAUUUUAAAAUGAAAUCAUCUUUUACUAUUGUAUAACAUCUAAUUUAGCACAAUCCUUAAAAAAUAUUAUAUAUAAUAGUAAUGUAUAACACUAAACAAUGUAUAUUCAAAAUAAUUUUCAUUCCUUUAUAAAAAUUAUAAACAAAUCUUGAGACAUACGUAAUACCAGGUGUCAUUGAUAUCAACUUAGUAUUCUUUUGCUAAAGCGUUAACUAAAGGUUACCCAUUUAUUAGAAUAAAUAAAUGAAUUAAGUUUUGAUGCUUAAGUUAUAAUAAUCCUUUUACUCUUAGACCUAUUAGAAACUUAGUUUAUUAAAUUUUAAAAUAUUAAACCUAACUGGUAACCAAAUGUAAUGUUAAUGAAUCCAACUGUAAUUGCAUAUAUCAGAUGAUGCUCUGGACAAUCAAUAAUUUAAGUUAUUUAAGAUCAUAAUUUGUAUCAGCUAUAUAAAUAUAAACUCUCUUGGAUAAUUAGCUGCAUUGAUAAGAGAGACAAAAUAUUUUUUAUUAUUGUAAAGGCUUACUUAUAAGACACUUAUUUUUAUAAAUCGGUGAUUACGUGUAAGAUUACAAUUUAGAAAAAACAUAACUUUUUAAUAUUAAAAAAACGUAUUAAAAAUGCAGCUUGUUGCACUCAGUAAAAAAACAGGUUUUAAAGUCAUUCUACUAUAUUUGUUCAGAAGAAUUAGUCUCUUCUCUUUUACUAAAUUAUUUUAAAUAUUUUAAACAUUUGUUUCUCAAAAAUAAUCAACAUGCUGUGCUGAAUUAUUACAGUACAUGUAAUGGUGAGAUGUAUACAAAUUUUCAUAAUUUUCACUCUGUUCUAUUUUACUAAUGUAAUGUUUCUGUUUUUCUUUUUGUUCUUUUUUUUUAGUAUUUUAUUACCAUUUUACUGAAAAGUAUUUUUUGAACCAUAUUAUUACUUAUGAUUUUCAACAACAACAAAAAAAAAGCCUGACGUUUUCAGUUAAUAAAUGAAUUCCAUGUUUCAGUAGUGCAUUCGUCAAGCAUGUAUUCCUGGGAAGGAUACCUGUACUUAAAGAAAUUCACAUUUGAAUAUUAUUGUUUUGUUUGAGCAUAGGCAUCUCCUAAUAAACUCCUAAUCACAUUUUCUACAAGAAUAAAUAUGUUGGUUCAAUCAUGUUUUGAACUUUUGAGGGUGAGAAACAUUUGAUAACUGCCUUUAUACUAUUAAAGGAUAAAUUUAUUACAUUACUGACUCUGAUGCUCUGUCCAAGUUGUACGGAUUAUGACGAGUCUUAAUGUUAAAUGUUGUGUCAAUGUCAUACUGCUUUAAAAAAGUCACUAACAUUAUUAUUUCUGCCGCAUUCUCUUUCUACAUCAUAUUGUUGAAAUUUAGCAUUAAGAAACAAUUAUACUUUUUAUGUUUGCAGUGUUGCGCUAUGAUUAUUAUUAUUAUUUUUUUAAAAUCCUAUAAAAUUUCACAAUAUUUCAUAAAUAAGAAUAUCAGCAUUUACAGUGUUCCUUUGUACAGCAAAAAUACUUACCCUUAUUUGUACUUAUACUAUUUUGAUUACACUAUUUCUCUUUUUAGAAAAAUAUAAUAUUUGUUUAGUAAAUAAAAUUAAUUUAAAUUUAAUUUAGGUAAUAUAAAAAAAAUCAAAUGUUCACAUUAUAGUUAUAGUGUAUUCAGACUUAGUCAAAAGGAUCUAACCAUGAAAUUGGAAACUGUCCAACACGAGGAGCACUGUUUAUAAAUACACAUAUCAUAAUGCUUCAUAAAGUUUCAAUCACUUUUCCUAAUCAUUCACGUUUACUUUUAAUAAGUUUUAAUCAGCUUUGUGAAAAAAAACAUAUUUUAUUGUGUGUUUUAUUUUAAAAACAAACAUUUGUAAAUUUCAUUUUGUAUGGGGACAUGUUGAAGGUUUAGAGAAGUGUUGGGAAAGUGUAUGAAAUGCAUGGUAUCCAAAUUUCAGAAUGGCUCAUAAUUUAAGUUAUACAUUUAAGAUAAUGCAAGCUGCAGUGCUUAUGUAUAAACUUUACAAUAAAAGUGUGUCUUCUGUAAAUAAGGCUGGAGGAGGUAUUUCUCCAGUGGAUCUCUACUUGUACUGAAAUAAAAACUUUCUGUCUUUUACAAACACUUUUCUCAUAUGUACAUAUACUUCAGCUUUGGUUAAGGUAAUUAACUUAGUAUUCCUUGAUUUUCUGUUUAGCUAAGUAUAAUGUCUUAUUAUACAAAGUUGAAGUUUCUAAACACUUAGUAAUUUUAUGUUUGAUUAGAUGAGGUUUAUUUAAAAGCUUAAUGGAUGAUUAAUAUAAUGUUGGUUUUUAAGUGAUAAGGUUGAUCUUAGCUUGUUACCUACUUGUUGGCAUCUCUAAAUUGUAAGUUUUGCAGUGCACACUGUAUACACUCAUCUAUAAGUCGAUUUUGAAAUAUGGUGUGACUCAAGGAUCAGUUGAGGGUAAAGCUUUGGUUUUGAAAUUCUGUGAUUUUUAUAAAUAUGGCAGAUUUUACCUAGCAGUAAUUGCUGCACUGUUUACUAUAGCUGGUGUAUAGUGACUCCUAAUGUAUCACACCAGAUGCUUAUAUCUGAAAUCUCCAUGUGUGUGUACCCGGUAUCUGGGUCAACAUAUAUCUACCGGGUAGUACACUAUGACUAACGGUAACUCACACUGCCCCACAUUCAAUGUACAAAAUUCUAUUGAAACUAGCACUGACCCGGUUGAUAAGCCGACUCUGCGUUUUAAAAUGAAGUUUACGACUAAAAUUUCUCGACUUAUACAUGAUAUAUUAUACUGUCAUUAAGAAACUUACAGGAAGCAUAUUUUGCAUAAACUCUCCCAUUUACUCAUAUUUUUUUUAAAUAAAAGUAUUUUAAAAUAAUAAUUAAAACCACUGUUUUAAAGCAAGAACGAUAAUCUGCCCUUUCUGAAAAACAUUCUUGACUUAUAUUAUUUUCUGUUUCUUCUUCUGAAAGUUAUUUAAUUUCCUAUUGCUAAAAAGUAUUAUUUAAUUUAUUACUGGUAUGUUAUAGUUAUAUUUUCUUUAAUGCUGAAUUUGUGAAUUUCUUUUCUUGUACUCUUAGUGGACUGGUUUUAGCUUGAAAACUAAAAACAUUUAAGAUAUAAAUCUUACUUUUUAAAAAAAUUCACUAAUGCAUUCAAAAUUUUACUUAGCUCAAAAAGAGUUGACACAACCUUAUUCACAAAAUUAUUUUCACAUUAUAUUGAAGUAUGGUUACAAAUUUUGAAAGGAUAAUUUUUGUGGAUGUUGAACUGAAGCAUAAAUUAAAGUUUUUUUAAAGCUAUUCACGGACUAUACUUUUACUGAACAGUAAAUAUCAUCUUAUGUUUUAAUUUUUAAUUAAACAACCUGUAUGAAUCCUUCAUAAAAUGUUAUAUCAAGCAGUGGGGGGUCUAUGUGCCAAAUUUCACCUG